GGACGGGACUCUAAGAUGAAGUUAUGGGAUGUCGUGGCUGUCUGCCUGGUGCUGCUCCACACCGCGUCCGCCUUCCCGCUGCCCGCCGGUAAGAGGCCUCCCGAGGCGCCCUCCGAAGACCGCUCCCUCGGCCGCCGCCGUGCGCCCUUCGCGCCGAGCAGUGACUCGCCCAUGCCGGAGGACUAUCCCGAUCAGUUUGAUGAUGUCAUGGAUUUCAUUCAAGCCACCCUGAAAAGACUGAAAAGGUCACCCGAUAAGCAAAUGGCCGUGCUCCCGAGACGAGAGCGGAACCGGCCAGGCGCGGCCGCCCACCCGGAGAAUGCCCGGGGGAAAGGCCGCAGGGGCCCGAGGGGCCGCAACCGGGGCUGUGUCUUAACCGCCAUCCACUUAAACGUCACGGACCUGGGCUUGGGCUACGAAACCAAGGAGGAGCUGAUUUUCCGGUACUGCAGCGGCUCCUGCGACGCGGCCGAGAAUAUGUACGACAAAAUACUAAAAAACUUAUCCCGGAGUCGAAGGCUGGUGAGUGACAGGGUGGGGCAGGCCUGCUGCAGGCCCGUGGCCUUCGACGACGACCUGUCCUUUCUGGAUGACAACCUGGUUUACCACAUUCUAAGAAAGCAUUCCGCUAAGAGGUGCGGCUGUAUCUGACUCCGGCUCCAGAGACUGCUGUGUAUUGCAUUCCGGCUACAGUACAAAGUCAGGGACCAAGGUUCCCAGCAGAUGUUUGCCCAGAAUGGAAGAUGAGGACC